UCCCCUUUUCUACAUGGUAUCAGAGCGGGAAUAUAUUCCUUGCGUGUUUCAUUGAUUUUUUUUCCCUUCUUUUUCAUUGUCUACGACAAUUUCUUCUGCUCCGCACAGUUGUUGCAACUGUUGACUCGUUUUUUUCUGCCUCAAUGGUGAACGACGGACAACAACAUGAUGUCAUCCGACGUAAAAUUAAUGACCCAUCUUCGCCCUAUUAUAUUCAUCCCUCCGACUUUCCGGGAUUGAAUAUUUGUGGGGUGACAUUGAAAGGCGAAGCGAAUUUCAGAGAAUGGGCCAUUGCGAUGAAAAAUGCAUUCAGAUCAAAACGGAAGUUGGGAUUUCUUGAUGGGACCAUCCCGAUGCCGACGGAGGAGCCCGAAGAUCUUGAUGAUUGGAUCACUAUGAAUUCUAUGCUCGUCGGGUGGAUCAUGACUUCCAUCAAUCCUUCGUUACGAUCCAACAUAGCUUUUAUGGACAAUGUUAUGGAUCUGUGGGACGACUUGAAGACCCGUUUUGAUGUUGGCGACCCCAUGCGUAUCUAUGAACUCAAGGAAGCUAUCCGUGGGUGUCGGCAACAGGGACAGAGUGUGACAAAUUACUAUGGACGACUCAAAGGUAUAUGGGAUGAUUUUGACGGCUUCCGUGUUAUCCCAAAAUGCACUUGUGGGGGCUGCACGUGCAAUCUUGAAAGUAAAUUUUACCAACAAAUUGAAAUUGAAAAAACCCAUGAUUUUCUUAUGGGUCUGGACAGUGAAUCUUAUGGAGUUCUUCGCUCCAAUAUUUUGAGCUCCAAUGAACUGCCAAGCCUAUCAAAGGUCUACCAAAUGGUGGUUCAAGAAGAAAGGCACCGGAACAUGAUACGUAUCCGAGAUGAGAAGGUUGAUGCUAUAGCUUUUACCGCUCGAGAUGUAUCUCGCAUGAGUAUGCCAUCUGGACGGGAUAUCAAACUUACAUGCAGCUUUUGUAAGAAAACUGGUCAUGACUAUGACCAUUGUUUUAAGCGGACCGGGAAAUAUCCCGACUGGUGGUAUGAGAAUGAGAGUCGUGGACGAGGGAAAGGGCAAGCCCAAGGCAGCGGAAAAGCAGUCGCUGGAAGACCACUUGCUGGACGGCAGCCGCAGCCUACACGAGAUAGUAAAAUUGCAUGUGUCGUGCGUCCAAAAGAGGAAGGUGGCAGCAGCAAGAAUUUUGUUCCAGAACUCACUAGUGAUCAGUGGCAAGCUAUUCUUAAUAUGGUGAACAAUCAGAAAGCAACAGAGACUGAGAAACUUGAAGGACCUACUUACGAAGAUGCCGAUUGGACUGGGUAAAUGGCGCGGCGGAGUCUAUUAUUUCAUUGGUGCGAGUCCGGCAGUUGUUUCUACAGUGGCGGUCCAAGAGACAAAGGAUUUGUGGCAUGCUCGGUUAGGACAUCCAUCCUCACAAGUUCUUCGCAUGAUCCCUUCUUUACCUAAGUUUUCAUCUACUGCAACUAGUAGUAAACUUUGUGAUGCUUGUAUGAGAGCAAAACAAACUCGUGAUGUAUUUGAACCUUCUCUUGCUCGUGCUAAUAAUGCAUUUGAUUUAAUUCACUGUGAUGUUUGGGGUCCAUAUCGUGUCAAGUCCAGUUGUGGUGCGCGUUAUUUUCUUACUAUUAUCGAUGAUUAUU